AUGACGCUCCACAACGACAUGGGAUCCCUCACCCUCCCAUCCCUCCCGCCGCUGCCGAGCGAGACAGACGGGGCGACUGUGGAAGGGGCAGUCACGCACGUCGAGGUCGUGGAUGGGCGCGGGUUCCGGAAUCCGGUCGAGGGCGGGGGAAGUAUGAUCACGCGCUGGCUCAACCCCGAAUCGCUCGGCGAGCCGCUCAACCUCAUCGUGUCUGGGGCGAGCGACGCCGAGAUCCUCGUGGACCAGAAGCUCAAGGGAGGGUUCAGGAAUUACAUGCUCUCCGGGUACAUGUCCGACGAAGCGUUCGGGCUGCACCUGGGCGACCCGCAGCUGGCGGAUCUCGGCGACGGGCGCGGUGCGCUGAAGCAAGUCCGCGAGCUGCGGCACAACUACGGCGAAGUCCUCCUCGGCACGCUGACCGAGACGCUGAUCGGCGGCAACCACCUGCGCUACUGGAAGCAGGGGGGCAGCAAUGCCUACUUCCUUGCUGCUAGUGCUGAGAAGAAUGUCCAGGAACACCACGACAUUGUGCCCGACGGGUAUGACUUGGGCCGGGACCAGUUUGUCGGCAAGCUGGUGGGAUAUGAGAUCAAGGGCAAGCCGAAGGCUGGCGAUCGGUUCAAGGGGGAGUCCCACGCGCUCGGGUGGACGUACGAGACUAGCGUCGAGUAUGUCGAUGGGCUGCUUGCUGUUGACCAGGCCACGAUCAACCACCACGACACGGUCAGCGUCGACGGCAAGACGACAGAUGGCCUCGUCGCCCUCCUCACCGUGCGCAUCAAGAAGCGUGGCAUCCUCUGA